CUGUUGGAUUUUCAAAAUAAUAUUAGAAGAGGCAGAAUGACGUUGUCUUAUAGUUAUGUGCCGGAUUAUUUUUCCCUAACGGAUAUUUUAUGUACGGAAGAACGAAUAUCGUGCAAGAUAGAAGUUACGCUACCUCGCUUAGGUUUUCUGGAUCUAUCCUCUGAGUCAGAGGAUCUAAAACCAGGUGCAAAAUUGGAACUUCCAUUGUGGUUAGCGCAACCACUAAAUAAAGUAAGAGAAUCAAUAGUCAGUAUAGACAUUCCCAAAACAUACAAGGAGGGUUAUAGAGAAAUUUUAUUAGCAGACGCUUGUACCGUUGUACUAAAUAAAUGGAAUCCAUAUUAUUACGAACUGGGAAUGUAUUUGAGGAAAUUCAACAAUCGUGAUUGCGAAAUGAUAAUUGAUAGUUUGCUAUUAACUUUCAGAUCGCGAUUUAGAUUGAUUAUGGACUGGGCACAAAAUCCUGUUUCUGACCCUAUGCUUAACAGCUUACUGCCAAGAUUAGAGAGAGACUUGUUUCUCACAGGCAGGAAGGCCAAGAUGCAAUUGAAUGAAUGGUUAAGAAAAGGUUCAUGUAUUAUUGAAACUUCACAGAGCGCUGUGAAUCUUAAGAAACGAAAACGAACGGAUUAUGAAUUGGAUUAAA